UGGCUCAAACUACUUGAACUCAAAGGUUGUCUCCUCUUUGCACGUCGAGUCUUCGCCUGCGUUGGUAGUGGGAGGCGCAUUUACGCAAGGAGAGAGAUAGUUUGGCACGUAGUGUCGUCCAGUAUUCCCGCAGUGUCAUUAGCUGCAGUUGAGAGAGGACCGCCGUGAGGUUUAAACUAGAAGGCUGAGAAGAUGGCAGAUUGUAUGAAGAUUUCGAUGGUGGCAGUGGGAUCGUUGACAAUGGUGUUGUUGCUCACUGUUUCAAUUCUUCCAGCCUUCUUGACCUACCGUACUUACAUUCCUUUUCCGGUGGACAUUGAAGAUGGAAUAUGGAAAACAUGUGCAAAAAGCGAGAGUACGUACCAGACAUACACGUACGCCCGAGUCUGCCGCGAUUAUUCUGACUUGACGACCCCAGACGAAAAGCAAGGUUUGGUUCCACAAGGGGUUCAUACAGCUCAAGCUUGCAACAUUAUAGCGCUCCUUUCCUUCGCCGUUGCCAUUCUUGUUUCACUGGUCAUCCAAAGGUGGACUGUUCCACGUGUCGUCCACUUUGUCCCCAGAGUGCUGGCCCUCGUCACUGCCGUGUCAUUGAUCGUAUUGAUUGGAGUCAUGGUGCACGGCACCAAGAAAUCUAUUUCGCCUAUCAAACCAAAGGCGGGUGCUGGAGUGGUCCUGGCCGGCAUUAGCGUUCUCACGGCCAUCGGGUCUGCUGUUCUGGCGCACUUUACUCACAACAGGGUGUCCACUGGACUGUACCAAUCACUCUAGAUCCGAUCAGGGAGUGCUUACAGGCAAAUACUGCAAUGGCUACGGCAACAGCAACAGCAUGACAUCCUGUGCUACAAUGUGCAUCCAGUCAGGUGCUGGAAUCAUCAGCUUGGAGUUCAGGCCAUAGUCGUAAAAUUAUUUUCUUAUUGGUUUCUCUUCUCUCUGACUCUUUUCUCUGGCUAUAUUCUCUGGCUAUUUUCUUUCUUUGAUAUAGUUUUUUAAUGAAUUCUACCUGAAACUCACUAGUUUCGAUACACAAAGCACCAGCCGUUCACUAGGGAGUGUUCUGCCUCCAGUCACAUUCUACAUCGUGCUUUACGGCGAAAUCUGCCUUUGCCUUGAGGUGUCGGAAGCAUGCAGGACGUUAUACCUGUGGACGAGAGUGCAGUCAUAAUCUCCGGGUUUAUGGGUUUAUGUACUCUUG